GCCCGUCACUCCGUGUGCGUUCCUUUCUGAUACAAAUGUUUAGCUCCUCAAUCGAAGAACAAAACACAUUAUUUUUUUUCAGACACACGGAUUAAUUCCACGAUAUAACAUCCCCUCACUUCACUUGCAAGGAUGCCGCAGAUUCCCCGCUUGAAAAAGGCUCCCCUUUGUCCCGGUAGCUACCUCUUCACUUUCCCCAACUCUCCAAAACUCCUCUCAUUCAUCCGAGAUGACUCGAACACCCCGUAAAAGAGUUGCACUACGUAGCAGACGCCUCCUGAUUUCCGCUGAAGAUCCCCUUAUCGAUGAUGGUGUGGUCGUGGUCGAAGGGGAUCGAAUCGUGGAGUCUGGCCCAUGGAACGAACUAAAAGCCAAAGUGCACGGAAACUAUCCAGUAAGAGACUUGGGCGACGUGACUCUACUGCCAGGUCUCUUUGAUUGUCACGUUCACCUGUUCAUGGAUCCUACUUCUGGCGUUCAUUCGACGUCUGCUGGCGUGGCAUUAUCCGACAAUGAAGUCUUCGCUCUCAUGAAAGCAAACUGUAGCCGAGUACUUGAUGCAGGGGUAACAACCGUUCGCGACUUGGGUUGUCCUGGGACAUAUUCUACGACGAUGAGAGACAAGAUAGCGAAAAGGGAAGUCAUGGGGCCUCGAAUUUUGUCAGCUAAUGCUCCCAUUACUGUUCCGGGAGGCCAUGGGCACGCAUGGGGUGGCCUCGCAACUGGUGUUGAUGAUUGUCGCGCCGAGGCAAGAAAGCGCAUCAAAGAGAAAGUUGAUGUCAUCAAAGUCAUGUCAACCGGCGGAUUCAUGACAGCUGGGAGUAACCCUUCGAAAGCUCGGUAUACUGUAGAGGAGCUAAGGGCCAUCGCUGAUGAGGCUCAUCGCCACGGCCUCCCUGUAACAACACAUGCUACUGGUGUCGAAGGCAUAGACAGAGCUGUCGAUGCGGGCUUCGAUUGCAUAGAGCACUGUUCAUGGACCAUUGAGGGUGGUACAAAGUACAGCCAUUCAAUUGCCCAAAAAAUCGUCGAAAAAGGCGUUACGGUCUGUCCAACGAUGAACACCGCUUGUUUAAAAAAAGACUAUUUCUGUCCAUGGGAUGCUCGUGAGCAAGUCGUAGGGAACCUCUCCCAGUUAAGGCAAGCCGGGGCAAAGAUGGUAGUGGGUACCGACAAUGGUAUAGGGCUUUGUAACUUUGAAAGAUAUGCCGAUGGUUUAUCUGUAUUAAUGGAUGCAGGCUACACGUUACGUGAGAUUAUAGCUUCCGCGACCUACAAAGCAGCAGAAGUCUGUAGAAUCGAUCACGAAACUGGAAGACUUAAGCCCGGAAUGACGGCGGACUUGGCGGCUUUCGAGGGCAACCCACUUGAUAACGUACAAGCAUUUUUCAAGCCCCGUUUCGUGAUGGCUAGAGGACGGGAGCACAAGCUCAGUCCGAUACCCCCUCCAGAGGAUAACUCUGCAAUGGCUGCAUAUAUCCACAGGACACUUCGAAUCGGCGCUGGGUUUGUUGAUUCACAUUCCCACUGAUGCGCCUUGAUGCGCCGGUCGAGAGCAAUCUGGGUCUAUUAUUGGCCUUUGAUAUCACUUCUGCGGUUCUAAUCAGCGUUUGUCGGUGUAUGGUAUAUAAUUACCAUGUUUAUCCUUUUCUAGAGCCUUAGUCUUUAGUUAUUUAUGAACUAUGAACUUUCUAAUUUCCACAUGAUCAGCUCAUAAAAUGGUAGUACUAGUACCU